CAGAAAAUGAUAUUUGUUUGUCUUGGUUUUGAGUAAGAAAACGAAUGGCUUGUAGAGGUGGCAAUGUAAUGUAAUCCCUCUACCCCUCCCUGUUCGUCUCUCCCUGUCUCCCCCUCUCUCCCCAAUCGUUUUAGCUUAGCUCUGAAAAUUAAAAUAAAUUAACAUAGAAGGCCAGUGUGUGUUUGUUCAUCUCUGGCAGUUAAGCUGCUCCUUUCUUCCUCACCCACCCCUUCCUUCCUUCCUUCCUUCAUGCAUUCAUUCAUUCAUUCAAUCUGAACACAUAACUACCAAUACUAAUACUGCUGCUGUAUCAGUUAGUAGUGGAGGAGAAUCUUUAAUUUGAGUGAGUGAGAGGAGAAAACAAGAAUAAUACUAAUAAUAAUAAGAAGAAGAAUGCCUUUGGUUCGGUUUGAAGUGAGAAAUGAGUUGAGGUUAGGACAGGGUGAGCUGUGCAGAGAAGCAAACCGCGAAGAAGAUCCAAAAGCCGUGCUUGAUGCUGUUGCUGCUGCUGCUUUGGUUGGGAUCUUGCGUCAACUAGGCGAUCUUGCCGAAUUUGCAGCAGAGGUUUUCCAUGGCUUACAAGAGCAAGUGAUGUCUACAGCUUCUAGAAGUCAUAAAUUGAUGGUUCGUGUGCAAAACAUUGAAGCUGCGCUCCCUCCUCCUGAAAAGGUGGUGCUUUCCCAAACAAGUCAUAUACAUUUUGCGUACACAGCAGGUUCUGAGUGGCACCCUUGUAUUCAAAAUGAACAAAAUCAUUUAAUCUACAAUGACCUGCCACGAUUCAUUAUGGAUUCCUAUGAAGAAUGUCGUGAUCCUCCACGUUUGCACUUGCUCGACAAAUUUGACACUGGUGGGCCAGGGUCUUGUUUAAAGAGAUAUUCAGAUCCGACCUUCUUUAGGAGAGCAUCUAGUAAUGCCACUGAACCAGAUGCUGUGAAAGUUCCAAAAGAUAAGAGAGCUAGGGAAACCAAGAAAAAACGUUCAUCACAAAGGAACAGAGACUCAGCCAAUCAUGCAUCAAUGUCAAAUCAUAGUGGCAGAAUGCAGUUUACUACUCCAACUAUUAAUGGACAGACCACUCCUUCUCAUAUGGCCUCUACAACUGACAUGACAUUAAAAUAUGACGCGGGUGAUCCUUCAAAUUCUUUUGAUUCAAGAACUGGUUCAGGGUAUGUUGAAUGUGUGUUCCAACUAAAUUCCCCAGUGCGAGCUGAAGAAGAUGGACUGAAUGAAUUCUCUUCAAGUUUCAUGAAGCGCAAUGAUGUUCGUGGUUCAGUUUUUCCCGACGGACAACCCAACAUUGCAGAUAACAAUUUUCAUCACACUUCUUCACCAGAGCAGAUUGCUGCCCUUAGUUCUUCCUGUGUUACUUGGGAUGAAAAGGCAGAAAUAGUAGAGUCUAGAGGUCAACAUGGCGAUGAAGUUUCAGAAAUGCAUGCUGCAGAGUCUGACCUAGAUACACAGGAUGGAUUGACUGCCAAUCUCAAAAAUCCUAUUCCUCAAAAUAUUGUUCUUGAUUAUGCAAAUGCUCCAAAAUCAAGCUCUAGUAACAGCCAGCUCAAUGAGGUUGAAAGCGAACCAGAUGAUUUCAUGGAUGCAUUGAAUACCAUUGAGUCGGAAUCUGAAAAUGAUAGUGAUUGCCAAACAAAACAUGAAGUUGAGCAAUUUUCCUCCAAUAUUGACAAUGAAGUAGAGGAGACAAUACACAAGGUAACAGCACAUAUUUCCGACCAUCAUCCAUCUGAAUAUGAAUCCCGUACCUUAUCCGCUUCCUCAAAUGAAAACAUUCCCUGUGAAUCACCCAACUCAGUUUCCUCAAAGAGUUUUGCCCGUGAACAGGAAUAUCAUAUUUCUGAAAACUCUUCCAAGUUAGACAGUUCAUCAGGCAUCAAAUUUUCUACAAGUGCUGAUCCCAUAGAUAAUUCAAAAGUAGAAUUUGUUAGUGAUCCAUCAUCUUCUGUCUCUGCAACUUCAAUUUUAGAUGUACAAGAACCAUUGAGCAAUAAAUCCAUAAGAAGUUCCAGCAGGUCUCAAGAAUCCCAGGCUGAUUUUUCCAGUGUUCUUUCUACGACAUUCUGGACAAAUGGUGGCCUUUUAGGACUUGAGCCUUCAAAGCCUCCAGAUUUUGCUGUAUCAAAUGCCAUGAGUCCAGAUUAUGUGACCAGAAGUGAAGGUGAGGCAGGGCUGCCUCCAAAUCACACUUCCAUGUCAAGCAAUGAUGGAGGAGCACCUGGAAGAUUGAUCAAGGAUGCAGGAAACAUGGAACGGGUUCCAAGUUCCAAAGGCUCCUCAUCCUUGCAGGAGGAUCAAGGGACCAAAGUAGAAAAACCUGGUGAUUUUCAUCAUGGAAAUAAAUAUAGUCAUAGCUAUGAGGAUGGACAGAAAAUUACCACUGCAGUAACACCAGGAAAUGAGUCGCAGCAUGAUUCAGACUCCAAAGUGACGUAUAUUGAGUCCAGUCAAGAUAAUGAUGAAAAUUCAUCACAAAGGCAUGGAUUUGGACAUAGGUUACUUGUUAAUGGUUUUAGUGGAAAGAUGUCACUGGUCCAUGAUGGUGAAUGUGAACCAACUAGGUUACUGAGAACUAGGACAUUAGAGCAGCAGAGCUGGCAAAAUGAAGUUACACAUCAAGCAACUCCAGAGAAAGCAUACAAUGAGCAGUUUGGAAGUAAAUAUUGUAUUGAUUCACUUAUGUCUUCACCACCAUUGGAACAUAUGAAAAUAUCUUUCCACCCUAUUGAUGGCUUUGAGGAUUCUAAACUGAAACUGAAGUUUCCUGAUGGGAACCAUGGUAAUGAAAGCAUUAGAGACAUGUUUCCAUCAUUUCAAUUGAUUCCGGAGACUCCUAUUCCACCGCGCCAUGUGGGUUCUGAAUCUGAUGAUGAUACGUUCUGUAGAUCAUCUCCUUAUAUGUCUGAUGAUUGUCUUGACCAUGACUCUGAAUCACAUUCUGAGCAAUGGGAAUCUGACGAGUCUCCUGAAAGCAAGGACCAUGAGCUGCAUGAUGCUUCACGCAGAAUAUUUCCAGGUGAAUCUUUUCCAAGCUCACCGCAGCCUGGGGAAGCUGGCAAUAAUGGUAUUUGCGUUGACAGGGGACUUCCAGGCAUGUAUACUGAGAAUGGUGCAGAUCCGUAUCUAUCUGCUUCAUUGGAUCUGCCAUGUUUUGAUGCCAUGAACCCUGUAGUGAAUGGAAAAACAAAGGAUAAUUUAGUUCAAACAAAUCAAAUAGAGUUGGAGCAUCUUAACAAUUCCACUCCAUUGCCACCACCUCUUCCUCCAGUUCAAUGGAGAGUUUCAAAGCCCCACUCUGAUAUAUCAGAAGGCAAACAACAUUCUCUAUCCAAAGCUCAUGAACAUGCAUUUGAUAUAAAACCUUCAGAAUCUACUGUGCCCCAGCAACCUAAGCCUGCCCCAGCUGUUGAACAGAAAAUGAAAGGGGAUACUAUUGCAUUUAAACCUAAAAGCAAGCAACAGGACCAGAAAGAAGCUAAUCAAUCUGCAAAUGGCAAGGAUAUAGAUGAAAAGGAAGAUAUCUUGCAUCAAAUCAGAACCAAAUCAUUCACUCUGAGACGCACCGCAACAGCAAAGCCUACUCUCUUCUCGGGCCCCCCUGCGAGCAACAAAGUCAGUGCUAUUUUGGAGAAAGCAAAUGCAAUCCGCCAGGCUGUUGCGAGUGAUGAUGGGGAAGAUGAUGAUACUUGGAGUGACACUUGAUUAAUAAGUCGUUGUGCAAGUUUGUCAGAAACAAAUUCUCUUAUUCCUGAAUUACUGAAGCUGUUGGGUUGAUCACUUCGAAAAUAUGUUGAUAAUUGGACGCACUUUAUCAUCUCAGAAGCUGUGCAGGUUCAUAAGAAGAAAUUCUCUUGUGAUUUUGAGUUGGUGAAGCUGGAGUGAUGUCAUAUUAUCAUGUUAUGUACAAGUGAAUAACCCCAGUUUCAUCGUGUAAUUAAUUUCUAGCGGUUUUUUUGUAGUGCAUAUUGCGGAUAUUUGCAGUAAUUUUGUAGUUAGGAUUGAAUGUAUAAAUCAUGGGAUAGGCUGCUAGGUCUCUUAUGAUGUAUCUUUCUUCCUCGGACAUUGAUUAUUCAAUGCAUGAUGCCAGAAUAAGAGAGCUCCAAAAGGUUAGGUUUCCUACAUUUUAUCA